UUGCUUAGCGAGGAAGACUAAGCCAACACUUUUUCUUCGAGAAGUUUGAUGUUUUCUUUAUAAUCUAUUAAGGGCAGAUUACAACUGUGGUUUUGACUAUACAGUAGUGCAAAUGUUGUGUAGACUUAUUUGAGCUUGAAGAUCAAAUUUGCAGAUAUGUGUAGUACGAGGAGAGAUGCCAAGAAAUCUUCAGGGCAGUGCAGUAGGAAAAAGGGUUCCCGGGACAACAAUGUGGCAGAAAUGUUCGAGGAAAUGGUGCUCAAAUGGACUCUCCAGGAUAUUAUGAAUGAAAAUCUCUAUGCCCAUAAGGUGAAACAUGUUCCGAUGCAAUUUAACUCUACAGUAGAAUACCUUGGCUCAUUUGUUUCACCUCUGAUAGAAGAAAUGCGAGCACAACUACAGCAGAGUCUGGAAUCUAUUUCUAAAGCGCAACAUACAAGAAUAACAUUUCAUGAAAAGACACGCCUAUCAGAAGGUGAGGUAGAUGAAUAUAAUAUCCAUAUUGAAAGGGAAAAUGAUACAGGAGGAGUCAAGAAGGAUGAACAAAAAUUGAAGUGGAAACCAAAGGACAUUCUUGUGCUAUCAACAAAAUUAUCUAAGACUCCGAAUAACUUCCAUGAUGAGUGUUUGUUAGCUUUAGUUCAUAGAAGCGAGACAGAUACAAGUCCGAAUAAAUUGAAAGUGAAGAUGUAUGUGCCAAAUGGACAUCCCUUUACAUCAAAAAAUCACAAAAAAAAACCUAUUUACUUUGCUACUUAUCUCAAUAGUAUCAUACCAUGUUGGAGAAUCUGGAAUGCUUUACAUUAUUAUUUGGAAGAUAGGAAAACAAAUUUGGUCUUGCUCCAUCAAGCAAUUUCCUUUAAUACAGAGGAUUGCAAUGAGGCGAAUGCAGAAGUGAAAGAAGAUAGUUUAGAGAAAUUCAGAAGCAAGCACUUCAUGCCUCGUAGCUUGAAUGAUUCUCAAGUAUCUGCUUUAAUGCAAGCAGUUAAUGCUGUUGAAUCUGAUUUUUCUUCUUAUAUAAAAUUGAUCCAGGGUCCCCCAGGAACAGGAAAGACCUCAAUGCUGAUCUCACUUCUUUCCAUCUUAGGCCAUAAGAAGUUCAGAGUACUUGUAUGUGCACCCACUAAUGCAGCAGUAUCAGAAAUUGCAAUUAGGUUUAUCAAAAUAGUUACAAGUCCAUCUGGAGUCUGUCCUGAUAAAGAUAAUUUUCCUUGUGUGAUGACUUUGAGUGACCUCGUACUGGUAGGGAACGAGGACAGAUUUGAAGAAGGCGGCAAUUUUGGAGAUAUUUUCCUUAAAUAUCGAGUUGAUCGUUUAUCCAAAUGUUUCCUGCGAAUGACAGGAUGGCAGUACAGGGUGACAUCUCUUCUUGGUUUUCUUGAAUCAGCUAUUUCCCAAUAUGAAGUUUUUCAAGAAACACCUCAAGAAACAGACAUUGGUUUUUCAAAGUACACCAGACAGAGACUGAAAAACUUAACUCCAGAAUUUUGUGAGGUUGCAAGAACAUUAUUAAAUGAUUUACCAGGGGUGUUAUCAGGAAAACAGGAAUUGAAAUGUUUGAUCAAUGUUGUUGAAUCUUUUGUAAAUUUUAUUGAGAAAUAUAAUGUCAAAGAAAGAAUCCUUAGAGAAUGCUUUUGCAGUGACAGCAAAUGCCUGGAAGAGGCAGCAGGGUUAACAAGUACAUUUAAUGAGAAUAUGCUUAAAAAUAAGAAAAUUUUAAAGGUUGUUCUUUGUUUUAAGAGAAGUGAGUGUAUCAGACUUCUGAAAGGGCAUUUAUCCAGCAGAACGGAUAUUGCCUGCAUGGCCCGAAAAAGCUUCUCGAGUGAGGAAAUAGAGCAAAUCUGCCUGUCGCGUGCAAAAUUGGUAUUUUCAACAGUUUCAUCUUCUGCAAAAAGGUGCAUGAAUUUGACUGCAUCAUUUGAUUGCCUGAUUAUUGAUGAGGCAGCCCAGCUUACAGAGGCGGAGUCAACUGUUGCAUUACAAAUCAGAGGUUUGAGACAUGCAGUCCUUAUAGGAGACCCAUAUCAGUUGCCUGCAACAGUUAUUAGCCAGAUAUCCCAGAAAGCAGGUUAUGGUAGAAGUCUCUUUGAAAGAUUACAACAAAUUGGACACCCAGUCCAUAUUCUAAAUACACAGUAUCGCAUGCAUCCAUCGAUAAGUCAAUUCCCAAAUACGGAGUUCUAUGGAAAUUGUAUCAUGGAUGGUCCCAAUGUUAAAAUGGAAGCAGAAGACAAUGCAUAUAUUAAGUCUAAAAUGUAUGGAACAUAUGCUUUUAUUAAUAUAACAGAUGCAAGAGAAGAGGAAGAUGAUUUUGGUAAGAGCAAGCGGAAUAUUGUUGAGGCUGCUGUUGUCUUGCAUAUACUCUCUAAACUGUUUAAAGUUUGUGCUGGCAGAGAAGGCUUGAAAACUAGUGUAGGUGUAAUAGCACCUUAUAGUGCUCAAGUUAGAUACUUGGAGAGUAAGAUAAGGGAUAAGGAUGAAUGGAUGAACACUAUUGAUGUAGAGGUCAAAUCGGUGGAUGGGUUUCAAGGUGGGGAAAAGGACAUUAUCAUAAUUUCCACUGUUAGAACCAAGUACACUGGCUUCCUUUCUGAUCGGAGACGUGCAAAUGUUGCUUUAACACGUGCACGAUUCUGUCUUUGGAUUGUUGGAAAUGGGUCCAUGCUUGUUAAAAGUAAAUCUAUAUGGAAAAAGAUUGCAGAGGAUGCAAUCAAGAGGAAGUGUUUUCUAGAUCCAAAUGUUGACAGCGGAAUGGUGAAAGCAAUAAGAAAUGUGAAGGCUGAGAUUGAUCAACUUAAAGAUCUAUUCAAGAAGGAUUCCAUCUUGUUCAACAACACAGUUUGGAAGGUUACAUUCAACAUCGAGUUUAAAGAAUCAUUUAGCAACUUGAAGGGUGUAAAAGAGCGAAAGCAAAUAACCAACACAAUACUAAAAUUGGCAAAUGGUUGGCGAGAAACUGGUAAACAUGCUGGUUCUUCACAGAAAAGUCUUAUAAAUGUAUAUGCAACCGCAGGAACACAUUUAGUGUGGACAACUGAUGUUGAACGAGAAGAUGAAGUAUUCCAAGUACUAAAAAUAUGGAAUGUUCUUACCCGUCAAGAAGUUCCUGGCCUCAUACAACGCUUGGAAAAUAUUUUCUCGACAUAUACUCCAGGGUACAAUGAGCGGUGCAAAGCAAAGCUUUCGGACAAGGAUAGAAAAACAGUUCUACCAAGGCGAUGGGAGGAGGAUCCUGGGUUUGUUUGGUAUAGGCCUGUACAUAAAUCAGAAAUGCCCAAGACUCGACGUCGGAAAGCUUCUAAAAAAGAAACCACUUCGUCGAAAAUUGGCACAAUCGAAGAAAGUUUCUCGCAAAUGAAAUUAUAAAAAGUCUUUAAUAUAUUUCUUCUUUCAACUUUCAGAUUCAUUCUGGGUUGUUGGAAGAGUCAAUUUUUCAACAGAACUUCAAAUAACAAGGGCUGCAAGGCAGCGAGUUCCUGCCAAGGCUGGAAGAACAAUUUUGAUUUUUUUUUUAAUUUGUUUGUGAACAUGUAAAUUACCAGUUGACAUAAAAGUAGAAAGAAAAAAAAAGAAAACAAAAAUGUUUUUUAAAAUAUUAUAGAAGAGGCCUAUAAAUCAUGCACUCAAA